AUGGGGGCCCCGGUAACCCCGACCUGCCUGCUGCUCCUCCUGCACCUCACAGCUGGGACGUCUGCAGAGCCGCACUAUGUGGUGGUGAGCCCAGCCGUGUUCUACCACCCGCACACGGGGACGGUGUCAGUUCAUCUCAGCGACCUCAACGAGACCGUCCGGGUGAGCGUCCGGCUGGAGAGGGGGGAUGGGCUCAGCGCUAUCACCCUGCUGGAGAGAGAGGUCCAGGAGCCCCGUCUGCACGAGAACGUGCGCUUCCAGGUUCCAGCCCCGUCCGGGGGGCAGCAGGAAGUGGCAGAGCUGCACGUCUCGAUCCGGGGAGAUGCCCUGCAGUUCUCUGAGCGGAAGAAAGUGCUGCUGCAGGCGCUGCAGCCCGGGACCUUUGUGCAGACGGACAAGGCCGUCUACAAGCCGGGACAGACAGUGAAGUUUCGAAUCAUCAGUUUGGACAAAGACUUCAUUCCCAGUACCCGGAAGCUGCCCCUGGUGACCGUGCAGGAUCCCAGCGGGAACCGCAUCGCCCAGUGGCGAGAUGUGACUCCGCAGCAGGGCAUCAUGGAUCUGUCCCUCCCGCUCUCUGCAGAGCCAGCCCUGGGGACGUACGCCAUCGAGGCGCAGGGGACGAGGCACUCGUUCAGCGUGGAGGAAUACGUGCUGCCCAAGUUCAAAGUGACCCUGGAGCUGCCCCCCAUGAUGACGGUGCUGGAUGAGACGCUCCUGCUGCGGGUGUGCGGCCGAUACACCUCCGGGAAGCCUGUCCUGGGGAGGGUCCAGGCCAGCCUGUGUUGGGAGAAACAACCAACAUAUCUCUGGUCCCCGUAUGGUUAUUAUCAGGAGUCAGCAACCAUGUCUCUGUGCAAGGAGCUUACUGGCCAGACUAAGAGCAAUGGCUGCUUUUCCAGAAAGGUGGAGAUGGCUCGCGUAGUGCCGACCGACUCUGGCUACGGGAUGAGCCUCCAGGCCAAGGCGUCUCUCGUGGAGGAGGGGACAGGGGUGGAGCUCAGCGGGACCAAGAGCUGCAAGAUCGUGUCUAAAAUCCCUAUAGUGACCUUUGAGGACGCUGACGAUAUCUACAAGGCUGGAAUCCCCUACACUGGCAAGAUGCUCCUGGAGACAGCAGAUGGCUCUGUGCUGAAGAAUGAGAAGCUGCAGCUCUUUGUUAGCUAUGGGGAUAAGAAUAAGAACCAAACUUUCCUGACGGAUGAGUCUGGCAGAGCCUCCUUCGAGCUGGACACCUCCGGCUGGACCGGGACGGUCACUCUGAGGGGGCACUACAAGCAGGUGAACAACAGCGCUGAGCAUGACAGAGUCUAUCCCAGUUACCCAGAUGCCGAUCUUCACCUGACGCCCUUCUACUCCAAGAGCCAGAGUUUCCUGAAGAUCCGCUCGCUGGGAGGGGUGCUGCCCUGCGACCAGGCCCAGCAGCUCCAGGUGGAUUACGUCAUUGCUAGGGAGGCCCUGGGGAACGGGUCCAGGAGCCUGGAUUUCAUCUUCCUGGUCGUGGCCAAGGGAGCCAUUGUCAGGAUCCUCCACAAGGGGCUGAACCUCAGGGAGGGGGCUGGGCUGAAGGGCUCCUUCUCCGUGGAGCUGCCCGUCGGCGCUGACCUGGCGCCUGCUGCCAAGGUGCUGGGUUACACGGUGCUGCCCGAUGGUGAGAUGGCUGCCGACCGCGCCCGGCUGCAUGUGGCCAAGUGCCUCCCGAACAAGGUGAAGCUGGCCUUCUCGCAGGACCGGGCCCUGCCGGGCUCAGAGCUCCAGCUGCGGGUGCAGGCUGCCCCCGGGUCUCUGUGCGCCGUCCGCGCCGUGGAUCAGAGCGUGCUGCUCAUGAAGCCCGAGGCCGAGCUCAGCGUCGACACGGUCUAUAACCUGCUCCCCGAUUUUCACCGAGGAGACUAUCCCGAUGCAGUGCGAGAUCUUGAGUCAUGUGAUCCUCCUCCACACAACAGUAAUUGGUUAAUCAGUGCGGGUAGCGCCGGUGCGGUUCCAUUUCUUCACUGCCGCGUUGGCAGGAGGAGGCGUCGCAGAGGGACUAGCAGCUGGACUCCCCCACUGCCUAAUGUCUACAGCCUGUUUAAGGAUGCGGCUUUGAAAAUUCUCACCAACACCAACACCAAGGAGCCCUGUGAACAUGAACACUUUUUAACAAGUUAUGGUGUCCUAGCCUCGGCUGUCUGGCGGGGCCCCGCAUUGUCCUCACCAGCAAGUGUGGAUAAUGCAGCAGGGACCCCAGUGAGCAACGGCCAGCUAGCGCCAGAAGCUUGCACCCAGGAGGAGCCAGCGCCACGUGCGUACUUCACAGAGACGUGGCUGUGGGACCUGGUCCCUGUGGGCGAGGAGGGCUCCAAGGACAUCCCAGUCUCAGUGCCCGACACCAUCACGGAAUGGAAAGCUGGGAUGUUCUGCACGGCGGAGGUGGGCUUUGGGCUCUCGCCCACAGCCACCUUCACGGCCGUCAAACCCUUCUUUGUGGAGCUGGCCUUGCCAUACUCCGUGAUCCGGGGAGAGACCUUCACCCUAAAGGCCACUGUCUUCAACUACCUGCGGCAGUGCAUCAAGGUGCGAGUGACGCUGGCGGAGUCUGUGCAGUUCCAGGUGCAGGUGGGCGAGGAUGAUGCCUACACCAGCUGCCUCUGUACAGACAAAGGGAAAACCUUCCAGUGGGACGUGACGGUGAGCAGCCUGGGGGAGGUGAACGUCACUGUGAGCACCGAGGCUCUGCGCACCGAGGAGCUGUGCGGCACAGAGCUGGCCAUGGUGCCGGCCCAGGGGCGAGUGGACACCGUGAUAAAGCCCCUGCUGGUCCAGCCGGGGGGGAUCCUGGAGGAGAAGGCGCACAGCUCCCUGCUCUGCCAGGAAGCCUCCGAAGAAAUCUACUUGCAGCUGCCAGCGAACGUCCUGGCGGGGUCCGAGCGGGCCCACGUGACUGUCCUGGGAGACAUAAUGGGCACGGCUCUGCAGAACAUAGAUCACCUGCUGGCCAUGCCCGACGGAUCCGGAGAGGAGAACAUGGUCUGGUUCGCUCCCAACAUCUAUAUCCAGCAGUACCUGGAGAAGAGCGGGCAGCUGAGCCCGGAGAUCAGAGACAAGGCCCAGGGAUUCCUCCAGAGCGGCUACCAGCACGAGCUGCUCUAUAAACACAACGACGGCUCUUACAGCGCCUCUAGGAAGAGAGAUGCCAGGGGCAACACCUGGCUGACGGCCUUCGUUCUCAAGUCCUUUGGCCAGGCCAGACCCUACAUCUCCAUCGACAAGAAGCACCUAGAGGACGCCCUAAGGUGGCUGCAGCGCCGCCAGCGGAAGACCGGCUGCUUCCGCAGUGUGGGGAAGCUGUUGAACAACGCCCUGCAGGGCGGCGUGGUGGACGAGCUCUCUCUCUCGGCUUACAUCACGGUGGUGCUGCUGGAGCUGGGGCAGCCGCUCACGGACCCCAUGGUGACCAGGGCCCUCCAAUGCCUCCGGGAGUCGAGCACCAGCGACCUCUAUACGCAGGCGCUGCUGGCCUACGCCUUCGGGCUGGCGGGGAGCACUGAGCUCCGGGGCACCCUUCUGCAGCGCCUGGCCCAGCACAGCGGCAGCACCGGGGGACAGCUCUACUGGCAGAGGAAGGUGAAGGCGCUGCCCAGCCCCUACAGGAACCAGGCCCUGUCGGCGGAGGUGGAGAUGACAGCUUACGUGCUCCUGGCCUAUCUCUCCCUGCCCAAUGUGUCCGCUGCUGACAUGACUGCCGCUCAGAUCGUCCGCUGGCUCAGCAAGCAGCAGGAACCCUUUGGGGGCUUCGCCUCCACGCAGGACACGGUGGUGGCCCUGCAAGCCCUGGCCAAAUACGCGGCCCUGACGUACAGCGCGAGCAUGGCUGUGUCGGUGACAGUGAGCUCCCAGGCCGGGGCCCGGCAGCAAUUCCACGUGGAGAACGCCAACCGGCUGGUGCUGCAGCGAGCGGCCCUGCAGGAGAUCCCCGGGCAGUACACGGUGCGGGCCAGCGGCAAGGGCUGUGUCUUUGUGCAGCUGACUCUGCGCUACAACGUGCCGCCCCCAAAGAGCGCCGCGACCUUUGACCUGCGGGUGGAGACGGAGCCAAAGGAGUGCACCGAGAGCGCCAGAUCCCGCUUCAGCCUCGUGCUGCAUGCCCGGUACAGCGGGGAGCGCCCAGCCUCCAACAUGGCCAUCAUCGAGGCCAAGCUGCCGUCCGGCUACACCCCCGUCAAGAGCUCCCUGCGGCAGCUGGAGAAGCAGCGUUUGGUGAAGUGGCUGAAGGUGCAGAACGACCAGGUGACGCUCUAUCUGGACCAGCUGACGAAGGAGGCGGCGAGUUUCACCUUCUCCCUGGAGCAGGAUUUCCCCGUGAAGAAUCUCAGAGCAGCCCCAGUGAGACUGUACGAUUACUACGAGACGGGUGAACACACAGCGGCUGAGUACAGCGCCCCCUGCGGCUCAGCCCCUGACGCCGACACGAUGGAAAAUUCCCGCUGA